AAGCCAGCAAGGCAUCGAGAGGCUGACAGGGACGUGCUGCCAUGAUCUCUAAGCUAGUGAUGCUCCUCUGUCUCAGGCUGUGUGCUGGCCAAGGAAGCAGGGGGACCGACGAGUCCCUUCCCAAGCCCUCCCUCAGGGCCUGGCCCAGCUCGGUGAUGCCUUCCUCGGGUAAUGUGACGCUGCAAUGCCAGACUUCUACCAAGAAUGUCAACUUUGUUCUCAGAAAGGGAAAAGUUCCUUUGGAGUCUAUGCAAUCAUGGAUUCCCACAGAUGGGCUGGCUGAAUUUCAACUCACUGACCUACAACCCAGAGAUGCUGGAGCGUACACCUGUGACUACUAUAGACAGCGGGCCCCGAGCACACGUUCAAAGCCCAGUGACAUCCUCCUACUACUGGUGACAGGAAGUUUUCUUAAACCUUCCCUGCAAGCCCACCAAAGGAGUGAGGUGACCGCAGGAGACACCAUGACCCUGAGGUGCCAGACGCCAGCCAAUGUUUAUGAGACUAUAAUGUUUGCUCUACUGAAGGUGGGAGCAGCAGGGCCAGUUCAGCUCCAGGGUCCAGUAAAGAAGGAGACAGACUUCUCCCUCCAGAAUGUGACAGCUGGUGACACUGGGAACUACAGUUGUGUGUACUUCCAGACCAGUGCUCCUUUCUGGGCCUCCAAGCCCAGCGAUCAUCUGGAGAUCUGGGUGACAGCUCCACCAGGGGCCGAGUCGGAGGACUACACCUCGGGCAACCUCAUCCGACUGGGUCUGGCUGCCGUGAUUGUGGUGAUUAUGGGGGCUCUCGUGGCGGAAGCCUGGUGCGGCCAGAAGGAGUCUCCACGUGGAUCCACAUAAAACAGCUGAGCGCCUCUCUUGUUUGGGCUGGUGUCGCAGCCCGGGGCUCUCUCAACACCAGACUCCACCAUGGGACUUCUUGUGGUUCUCAACAUAGACACAGACGGCAUU